UUGCAUCCCAGGACACCAUGGCUGCACCGACCAGGUUCAGUUUUUCAGUCAGGAGUAUCCUGGACCUGCCUGAGCAGGAUAUGGAGACGGCGCCGCGGUCCUCUCCGGCGUACUCCACCUGCUCCUCCAGCCCAGCCUACACCUCCUGGAACGACUGCGACCGAAGUCCUUGCAUAUCGUCUGAUGAGGGCAAUUUUGAAGCUUCUCCCGAUUCAACCAAGCCGGAUGACUCCUCGCUGGACUCGGAAUCCGGGAGGACCAAGAAGAGCAAGAAGCGCCGCGUUUUGUUCUCCAAGGCUCAGACCCUGGAGCUGGAGAGGCGCUUCCGCCAGCAGCGCUACCUGUCCGGGCCGGAGAGGGAGCAGCUGGCCCGGCUCCUCAGCCUCACCCCGACCCAGGUGAAGAUCUGGUUCCAGAACCACCGCUACAAGAUGAAGCGAGGCCGCGCGGACGGCGCGCUGCAGGACGUGGACAUACCGCAGCCCCCGCUGCUGCGCAGGGUCGUGGUUCCCAUCCUGGUCCGCGAGGGGAAGCCUUUUCACACCUGCUUGCUUACGGAAAAAGCUGGUUGUCCUUCUUCCUCCUCCUCAUCCUCUCAGGCGGUACACUUCCCCAUAUACCCCCCUCUCCAGCAUCCCUCCGCUCUCGCUCUGCCUCCCAGGUACCACCAGCACUUUCCAGCCGCUGCGGCCUCCAGACUGGCCUGGAGGGACUUUUGGAGCGACUCAGUCCCCUUUAGUGCUUUCAAAUGA